AUGAACAUAGAUAAUAUAAUAUACGGUUGCACUUGGGAUGGAGUUUUAAUGUGGUCUGAGUCUAAAUCUGACACUAAGACUGAGGUUAGAGAAUGGAGAGAGAUUCAAGGUUUGGGAGAACUGCGUGAGAAGGGUUUAAGAACUGGGAGUGACUUUUACAUGGAGUACUACAAUGGUGGGAAACUCUUAGUUUUGUGGAAAUUGUCUGGUAAAGAGCAGGAAAACAAGAUUCAGUAUGCGAGGAUUUCUUUAGAAUCAAGAUCCAGUGGACGUGAGAUUUGGGGUCAGGUUGAGUGUCUCGAUGAGCAUACAUUUCCGGUCCAGUCAUAUAAAUCAUUUCGGUGUGUAACAGUAUCGGUUUGA